UUCCUAUAUAACACUCUUAUUGUUUUAUACUUAAAAGGAGUUAUUAUGACAACACCGUGUUUAUUGAAUAAUGUAGAAACUACACUACAAACAAAUCUUAAUACCUUAAAUGGUAAGAUUAAAGAAAUAAAAGGUGACUUACAACAAAAUUUAGAAACAUGUUUACAAAAUAUCAGUGAAGCAAUAUAUAAAGUUGAAGAAAAUUUCCUUGGACCAAAGGGUCAAGCAAUCCAAACAACAGACUCUCAAGCUAGUACAGAAACAGCAGAAGGCCAUACGAUUAAAUCACGAGCUGCUCAGCAAAACCCAGAACCAGAACCAGAACCAGAACCAGAACCAGAACCAGAACCAGAACAAAUAGCUCACCCUUUACCUGAUAGCUAUUCUUCUGGAGAAACGCACGACUUCAUUUAAUCUUUAACAUUCCACAAGUAUACAGUAGAAUUUCAGUCAGAUUCUGCUGUAUACAAUGAGGCUAUCUAAAGAUAUGAUCUAA